CGAAGUGCUUGCUACAGACGGUCUGAACCGCCGCCGAGCCCCCUAACCUUAUCUGUUCCUGGAGAGAGCUCAGCUGUCCCUCCUGAGCGAGCUUCACCAGCAGUUUGAAACUGUUUUCGUCCAUGCUUGGUGGAGCGAGGAAUCAGUGAACAAGAUGAGUCACAUCUGGAGGGAGGAAGGAGAAGAAAGAAAAAAAAAAAAAGGUGGGAGAGGAGAAAAAGUGGGAUUGUUGGUGAAGGCUGAGUCUCGGUCCUCAGAGGUUUUAACAAACAUGGACCAUGAAGGCCAGGACUGAGGCUGACCACAGUCACCAGCCGCUUUCUCUGAUGUCGCUGGAAGCAAACAUGAAAUAUGGCUCUCCUGAGAAAAAAGCAGAUGUACAUGCUAGCUUGAUUAAGGACUUGGGACACAGGGCAGUGGUGUUCAUUCAGCUUCUUCCACAGGUGCCACUAAAAUCAACCAAAGUGAACGUUUCUAGUCGCUGCUGUAAAGUUAACCGGGUCCUCCUGGUGCUGCUGGUGCUGAUGGUGUGCCUCCUCCUGCACAGUACACUACUCAGAGCUUCCACCCGGCCCAAACACCCGGAUCACUGGAGGAGCGUCAGCAGCGCAGCGCGAGUUCCCGCAGCGAGAGCGCAAGAGGCGGAUAAUGUCGUCCCCGUCAUUAUCUGCGCAUCUGAGGAGCGCGUGGGUGCGACCAUGGCCACCAUCAACAGCGUCCAUAGCAACACAGAUGCCAGCGUGUUCUUUUAUAUUGUUACUCUCCGUGAUGCUGUGAAACUGACGAGGCAGUAUAUAGAGAAGACUACACUAAAAGGCAUCAAGUAUAAGAUACUGGAAUUUAACCCCAUGGUUCUCCAAGGAAAGGUGAAGCCAGAUUCUUCUCGACCAGAUCUGUUACAUCCACUCAACUUUGUGCGCUUUUACCUACCUCUGCUUGACAUCAGCCACAAGAGGGUGAUAUACCUGGACGAUGAUGUCAUUGUGCAGGGCAACAUCGAGGAUCUGUUUAAUGUCAAAUUGAAGCCAGGUAACGCUGCUGCUUUCGCCACUGACUGCGACCUGCCCUCUACACAUGAGAUGGUGCGCAGCAUCGGCAUGCAGACAACCUACAUGGGCUACCUGGACUACAGGAAACAGGUAGUGAGAGAUCUCGGCAUCCACCCUCGAGACUGCUCUUUCAACCCCGGGGUGUUUGUGGCGGAUAUGAACGAAUGGAGGAAACAGAAGAUCACCAAACAGCUGGAGAAAUGGAUGGAGGAGAAUUUCAGGCAGAACAUAUACAGCAGUGCCAUGGCCGGAGGUGUGGCGACCCCACCCAUGCUUAUAGUGUUUCAUGACAAAUACACAACACUGGACCCACUAUGGCACGUCAGACACCUGGGCUGGAGUCCAGAUGCGCGCUACUCAGAGACCUUCCUCCAGGAGGCGCGCCUGCUGCACUGGAACGGCCCAUUUAAACCAUGGAAUUACCCCGCUGUUCACUUGGAUCUGUGGGAGAGGUGGUAUAUCCCAGACCCCUCUGAAAAGUUCUCCUUGGUACGACCGGAGAGAGAUAGCUGAGGUCCGCAGGUAUGAAGCAUGUGAAGUUCAGGACUUACUUGAACAAUCAUGGAAGGUGUGAUGGUAAAUCAUACAGCGAAGUGAAUACUGAAGAUGAAACAAUGUUCAAACAUUGUAUCAGAAACGGAGUGUGUUCUCUAUAUGUUAAAGAACUCAAAAUGUGACGCAUCUGUCGUCCGCAGGAAGUGACAGAUGACUGUUAGGCUUUUAGAAUUGUACCUGUAGGAAUGUGUUCAAAGUGAAAAACUCAGUGAUCAUUUAUGUCCUCAGAAAAUGCAUUUCUGUGCUAACCUGAAAUAAAUGUUCACAUUUUCA